GAGUUCCCAGUUGAUAUGAACGCCGAAAUACACAUUUACCGCGGCGCUGUAUGAUGACGAUGUGAGCUUCGGACGUAAACAUGGAGAGAGACGCGCUGAAAAGGCAAAUUGAUCUGUUGCAAAGUCUCAUCAACAACCAUAAGAGUGUCCAUGGGGAUGCCCCUUCUACUUCUGGCCAGCAGUGGCACUCAGCGAGGCCACCGCCACGAGGCAGGGGUCACAGCUCAGCUUUCACCUCCACAUUCCCCUCCCAGGGUGGGCCUUACCCCCCUCAGUCCUCGGGACACUGGAGGAAGACCUACUCCCUUAAUAACAAGACCAACUCAGCCCAGCAGAGUAGACCUACUAUACAGACUGCCAAGCCCUCUUUAGAGGAGCCCUUAGUUUCUGCAGAACCCAACUCCUCUACUGGCUUGCUGUCCCUUAAUGCUACAGUCACCUCACAGCCCAGCCACAGCAGUAAGGACCCGGCUAGAGGAGAGAAGCAUGGAACAAAAUGUGCUACAUCUAGGGAUCUAACAGGACCAGGUCCAAGGGGCCAGCAAUAUGCACUCACAGGGGGAGUGAGAAGAACUGUGACUGGGACAGGCAGUGGAUCCACAGCUAUAAAGUUAGAGACUGAGUCAGACAGAGCGAGGACAGGACCUGGGGGUGAGGCUGGGCUGGGACUCUCUGGGCUAACAGGGCCUGCACCUCCAGACGACCAGCAGAGAGAGACUAAACAUGAGGUUCAGCCCACCACUGAAGGGAAGGGCAUGGGGCCUGUGAUAGCCACUUCCCCUGGAGAAAAUAAUACAGAAUUGACAAGUGUCCCUGUCUCAGACAAACCUACUGCCACCAGGGUCCAGAGCACUGCUCAGCAGCAUAUCAGACCUCAUCUCUCUGAGAAAACCAACACAGGAGGUACACACACUGUCAUUCCUAGAGAUGCGAACCCACCUCCUCUACUUCUUCCACCCCCUCUCUCUGCCCCCCCUAGUGCCCUACCAAGACCCCCACUAAGCCCCAGGUCCAAGCCCACACCAGCCCAGCCCCAGACAACCUCUUCUCCCCAGAGACACUCCAAGUUCACCUGGGUGAACAGCCAUCAGCCAGGAGGAGCUGGGCCCAGCCAGGCCAGAACAGAGGCCCAGCCCUCAGACAAAUUCAUUACCCCUUCCCCCAUCCCAGUCUCCCAUCCCGCGGUCCCCAGUGGUGCCUCACCCUCACCCAUCCCCAGUAGAAGAGCCUCUGCCCCCAUCAAGAAGUUUCCCCGUAGGCUCAGUUUAUCCACCGCAGUCCCUAAGACCUCCAAGUACACCUGGGUGUCAUCUUCUGCAGGGGGCCAGGCCAGGCUGUCCCGGAAGGCCCUCUCACCCAAAGCCCUGGCUCUGCCCCAGAGAGAUCAAGAGAAGGGAGAGGGGGUAGCCAAGAAACCCAAAUCCCCAAAUCUUUUAGCCAAGCAGCGUAAGGCAGCAGGGGCCUCCUCCUCCACCACCCUCAGUAGUCGCUACCGCUGGAAGGCAGGGUCUGGAGGAGGGGGGCAGACUGGGACAGGGGGAGGGAUAGGGGUCCGACGUGGGUCUGUGUUUCGCUGGACCUCGGAGAAAGAGAACGGGGCCAAGGGGGUGUCCAGUGUCCCUCUAUCUGAAACUCAACGCACUAUAGUGCCCGCCUCCUCCCCUGGAGGGUUCAAACUCAGGAGCAGGAUGAAGAUUAUCAGGAGGUCGGCUAGCAGUGAGUCUGGAUCAGAACGGAGGUCCAGCCCAGCAGACAUUACCCUGAACAGCCGCUACUCUCUCCGCCGGCGGACACACACUCCCGUUAGAACACACACACCGGUCCGGACACACAACCCGGUCCGAUCACACACCCCAGUGAGGACACACACCCUGGUCUGGAGCCCGGGGGGUGUGAAGAGGACCCUGUCCCGUGAACUGGUCUCGUUCGGCAGACACAAGCUACGACGUCUCUCCCCCAGCCCCUCCAGGACAGGUCCCGCCUCCCCGACCCUACGUAGCCAGGCGUCUCAGAGGGUGUUCAGGACCCGCUAUAAGAUAGAGACAUGCCUGGGCAGAGACAACGCACACACAGCCCAUUAUAGCCACACCCUCUCUUGGAGAGCCAAGAGGAUCCAGACGGCCAGGAGUGUGCUCCAGAGCCGUCUGCGUCCCCCGGGACAGGACAGGCACCCCCCAGCCCAACACUGGAGAGGUAGAGGGAGGAGCAUGCGCUGGAUCGGCGGCACCCUCUACAGCGUCUCAGCCAAUAAGCUGUCCCGCACCAUGGCAACCAGUGCGCCAAUCAACAGAACAAUGAGAUGGUCCAGUCCACAGGAGAUUUCCCCCACCACCUCGAGCACUUUCUUCCGGCCCUCCAGCACUCGUUUUGUGGCCAGUCGUGCGGUUCAGAGGAGUCUAGCCAUCAUCAGACAAGCUCGUCAGAAGAAGACCCAGAAACAGUACUGCAUGUACUUCAACCGCUUUGGAAAGUGUAACCGUGGCAACACCUGCCCCUACAUCCAUGAUCCUGAUAAGGUGGCCGUCUGUACCAGGUUCCUGAGGGGUACAUGUAAGCAGACGGACGGGACCUGUCCAUUCUCCCAUAAGGUGGCCAAGGAGAAGAUGCCAGUGUGUUCGUACUUCCUGAGGGGUAUAUGUAACAACAGUAGCUGUCCCUACAGCCAUGUCUACGUGUCCCGCAAAGCUGCUGUGUGCCAGGACUUCAUCAGGGGGUACUGCCCUCAGGGAGAGAAGUGUAAGAAGAAACACACCCUUGUGUGUCCAGACUUCUCCAGUACUGGCUCCUGUCCCCGAGGGGCCCAGUGUAAUCUCCAGCACCGUCAGAGGGCCAAACGCACCACUCCUAACCCCAAUGCCACCACAGGACCCUCCGCCGCCCCGGCCAAGAAGGCCCGUACCAAGAGGGCCAGCCUGUCAGUGGUCCUCCCUCAGGCCCAAGCGGCAGAGGGUUCUGCUCAGGCAGAUCCAGGGACACCCUCUUCCUCGGGUCGUCACAACAACAAGCUGCCAUCCUUCAUCUCCCUUUCCAGCUCCCCAGAGGAUGCAGACGCUCCGGACACGCCCCCCGCCAACGGGUCAGAGGUCACAGAGAAAACACUGCAGAUCAAGCCUCGACUCCAGAACUACAGGAACUAGAAUGGAUACUGCCUGAACAUCACCAAAUUAACUUUGAAAAUACUACAGAGACGUAUGUAUUGAAUGCUAAUGGCAGCUCUGAGGUUUCUCAGACUCAUAUCUGUAUCUCACUUCUACCGUACUCAGGGUCUAUAAUGUAGCGCUCUUGCUAAACGUUUGUUCUGUGGACUCAUACAUUUCAUAUAGCAAUGAUGUUUUUAAUACAGAUUUUAUUGAUAUGUGAACAUGUUUUGGUUCUUUGUAAAUUGGAGAUUGAAUAAAUUUGAAUAAAAUGAA